ACGCUAACACAGGGCAACUUGUUGCCUUGGGAGUCUGGUGUCUUCAAGCAGAUUUUUGAAUCAGAGGAAGCUGUGAGCUGGAACGAUUCCUUCGACUUGCCUCAACUGCCGAUACCAGAUGAUGCAGGUGAGAUCCUGCCUCCUUCUGAGAAGAAGCGGAGAGUUGAGGAGUCUGGGAUGCUGCCAGGGAUAUGCUUCUCUGUGGUUCGGAAGGGUCCUGGGAUUUCUUGGGAAGAGCAACGUGAUCGCGACUUCGAUAGGGCUAUUGCUCGAUGGUCUUUUGUGAUAAUCAAGUGGUCCGAAGUGAGCCCUGAUUUAUUGGUGUGCCGGAGCCUGCUCGAUUGUGACACGAUCGACGAAAGGACGGACGUCCUCAAGGACUGGCUGCAUCCGAAGGCCCCUGGAACUCUUCUCAAGCGUGUCAACUCUUUGCUCCGCUACCAUAAGAGUGCCGGUUGGUCUGAGGAUGUUUUUCCGUACAAGGAAGCCAAAGUUUAUGAGUACAUGAGUGCCGCCAGAUCAGGGGGAGCAAAACCUUCGCAAAUGCGAGCUUUAAGAGAGGCCAUUAUCUUUGCCAGACAUAUGUUCACCAUUCCGGAGCUUGAUGCAGUGAUCAGCAGCAGGAGAUGCUUGGGUGUGUCUCUUCGUGGACAAAAAAGGCGUGCUCGGAAGAGGGCCGACCCGCUCACUGUCAAGAAUCUUCGAUUGCUGCACGCGAUGCUGCGGGACCUAACUGUACCGGCAUGGGAUCGGGUCUUUGCUGGGGCUACUUUGUGCUGCAGUUACAUGCGAUCGAGGUGGUCAGACUUCCAGCAUGCCUCUAGUUUCCAAGUGGAGUACGGAGAGGGGGGCGAAAGGCUUUUCCUGGAGUACACGUGUGAGGUCUACAAGACAGUUAACUCGAAAUUCUUCGCUGGACAGCCCAUUCGAUUCGUGGCGCCGGGACGGGGCAUUGUUGAUGACAACUGGCUCGACUUGUGGUACGAGGAGAUCGCUCGAUGGCUGCGCAAGGUUUGCGGUGAUCGGGAACACCUUCGGACUUCGGGCCACACUCUUAAGCGAACUUUCUUAACGAUGGCGACGAAGAGGGGAGUGGAGCACCUGGACCGUCUUGUUCUCGGUGGCCAUGCAAACUCAGCAGGCAUGGCCGAUGUCUACGGGGGAGAUGAACUUGCUAGACCGCUGCGCUUGCUCAUUGCUUUGAUCUACGAAAUCAAGUCAGGAAUUUUUGAUCCCGACGCAGGCCGUGCUGCGUACCUUAAGGGCGGUGGCUUAACGGAGCCGCGAUUGGGUGGAUCUUCGCCACCAAGACGGGAUCCAUCUUCAGCUGGGAACUCUUGGCUCCGGGUGGACCAAUUCGGCAAGGAGUCCGACGAUGCUAUGUCGCAGGGGAACAACGACCGUUUGGACGCCGAAGGCUUGGAUUGUCUGGCGAACCCUCCUCAUGAUGCUGCUGGAGACGCGGAGGAGGCGGGUACUUCGAGCUUGCCCGAACAAGGCGUUCUCGAGGCCGGGGAUGAUGCUGCCGAGGCUGAUGAUUCGAGCUCCUCCAGCUCGAGAUGGUCACCGACUUGUACAGACCUCCGGGCAAGAUCCGUUAUGACUCCUCCGUUUGCCGACCGCCCCACGCAGGCGGAGAUGGACGCUUUUGCUACUCGCAUCCUUGGUGCCGCGCCGCGCCUUGGUGACAUCGCAUUGCUUAAGCGGCUCAUGUUCGAGGCUUGUACGUACGUGAUCGCCCAGCUGCGGCAAUCUGUACAAGGCGAGACCUCGGAGACCCCGCGAAAGUUGCCUUUGGCAGAGAAGGCGGCACGGGCUGAGGACCAAAAGCGUCGGCUCGUUGGCGUGCACAUCGAGCGUGACAUGAUUCCAUCGCACGCCCUUGUGGACCUGUGUUGCCACAUGCUGGACGUGGGGGUCACAUGGAUCUCGCCCGGCAAAUGCACUAGUCGCGAGAGCGAGAUACAAUUGUCAACCAAGGACACAGCGUCCUUUGACUCUCCGAUCAAACUUCAGUGGUGCUUGCAGAGACGUGGACUGGCUCUUGACCAGGCGGACCGCGAGGCAUGGUUGAUCAUGGCAUCCGAAGUUAAGUCGCUUAAGGUCACAGCUGCCGGUGACUUCCCGCUGGGAGUGGCGCUUGAUGCACUGAGAACCGACCCUCGAAUCACCAUGUACCUCAUGGCUACUUGGGGCCGGGCACCGGACGUCAAGCCUGUCGAUGUUGAUCACCCGCCGCCAGUUCAUAAUAAGCCCGGUGAAGGUCUUUCUAGGUCCGCCAAGCGCAGACGCAGGCUGAAGGCCGCAGCUUCUUCGCGCACUACCACUCCCACCGGCAAGGCCCCGUCUGCAGCUCGCACCAUGCCUGCAGAGCUCAAGGAUGCUCACCAGAAGGCCGAGGAUGGCACGCCGAUUUGUUGGGACCACAAUUGUGGCGGCUGCAAGAACAAAACGGAGGGCGACCCUCCCAGGUGCAAUCGGGGAGUGCACAUCUGCGCUUACUGUCGCCGGGUUGGUCACUCCUUCCGCAACUGCCGUGCUCGGAGCUGGAAGGGUGCUGGCAAAGGCACAGGGCCACACGUGGCCGGAUAUUCCUUUGAUGCCGUCAUUUCUUCUUUUGACACUAAG